CACAAAUUUUGACCCAUUUUUCAAAAAUUUUUAAGGGGUGACAUCAUGAUUUUUGUCAAAAAUCGGGACCUUUUUUUUUGAGUAAUAUUUUGGAUCCUUGGAUGCAGAUCGAAUGGUAUUCCGUUUUUGAAUCGAUUGCGAAAUAGUUUACAUAUUCUCUAUAAAGUUAGUAAAAAUCUUCAGAAUUGGAAGAUUGGAAAAGAUACACAUGUACAUAUGUGUUUCAACCGCUCGGAUUCAUGCAAUAAAGAUGCGCAAAAGCAAACUUUAAAAAAAUUCCACCUUUUCAGUUUCAGAAUGAAACAUUUCCAAAGGAAAACGACAAACACAAAACAAGUCUACUAAUCAGAAUUCCGAGAUGCCAAGUAUAUACAUAAUUAAAAAUGUAUUUGUCACCCCGAAAAAUUCACUUCACCGGAGAGGGGCCGAAACUCCAGCCUGGUAGAGAAUACCUGUUCUAUUGUCUCGCAUCUCGAUUUUCUUCAGCCCCAAAAUAUUUAUGAAUUUCUGAGCGAGAGCCCAUAAUUCUCAGAAUCCUGUUCGUUUUUCAGCUAAAGCACCCAGCGAUGAAAUGUGAUAUUUUGGGAAUGACGAUGCAAUCGCAACAAACAACCGAAAUCUACUUCCGUUUCCCAUUUAAAUGUGAACUUUCUUUGGCCCCUGCGAUAGCGGGGCGGGAAAAAUACGCCGCAAGCGAAAUUUUACGACUUGUUUGCUGUCAUAACAAGUGGCUACCGGAGACGAGAUGAUACGGGUCCGGAGAGAGAUCUGGUAUCAUGGAUCAGGUAUUGGAGAGGCAACCGGCGAAAUAUUUUUUGGCUGAGCGCGAGCGGGGCCGUAUAAAAAAUCGCGGCUGUCGUCAGAAUGAAUUUAGAUUGAAGCGAGCGUUCGUAGCAGACAGAACUCAAAGAUACAGAGAUACAAAGAUACAAAGACAAAAAGUUAGAACCCGAAAAAGUGACUCAAUUUGAAUACCCGCCCAGUGACAAGUGCAACAAAAACCAAACAAACACCAUGCGCGGCAACAGCAUACCCCACGUUCUGGGAAUGGGACUCCUUCUUCUGACUAUUGCCUGCCUCCUGCCCACUCCCACAGAGAGCUACGCCAUCGGCCAGUCAAAGUUCGGGCGGAUCGAGAAGUUCCCCUACCAGGUGAUGCUCAUCGGCAAGCAGCUGUGGCGCAAGCGCAUUCUUUGCGGCGGAACCCUGCUGGACAGGCGCUGGGUCCUCACCGCCGGACACUGCACCAUGGGGGUGACCCACUUCGACGUGUACCUGGGCACCAAGAGCGUGGAGGACACCGAGCAGCUGGGAGGACUGGUGCUGCGCUCCAACAAGUUCAUUGUCCACGAGAGAUUCAACCCGGAGACGGCGGCCAACGACAUCGCCCUGGUGAAGCUGCCCCGGGACAUUGCAUUCACCGCCAGGAUACAGCCCGCCGCGCUGCCCACGAGAUUCCGGCACGACCAGUUCGCGGGGCUAAGUGUGGUGGCCAGCGGCUGGGGCGCCAUGGUGGAGAUGACAAACUCCGACUCGAUGCAGUACACCGAACUGAAGGUCAUCUCGAAUGCGGAGUGUGCCCAGGAGUACGACGUGGUCACCUCCGGGGUGAUCUGUGCCAAGGGCCUGAAGGACGAAACAGUGUGCACGGGCGACUCCGGCGGUCCACUGGUGCUCAAGGACACUCAGAUGGUGGUCGGCAUCACCAGCUUCGGGCCCGCCGACGGAUGCGAAACGAACAUCCCGGGCGGCUUCACCCGAGUAACCCACUACCUGGACUGGAUCGAGAGCAAGAUUGGGGGGCAGCGCCACCACCAGCACCAUCCCUACGGCUCUGAUAACCUCAUCUAAAAUGGGACAACCUCCGCCCCAGGGCCUUUCGACUGAAUCUCUAGCUUUCCACCCGGGAAGCAGUUCUCCAAUCUUGUGAUAUACCUCUCAUUGAACAGUUGUACAUUGUUUUUAGCCAUAAAUAUUUAAACAUCUAUAUUUAUUUUUUAGUUUUAAGACUAUGACAAAAUCGAAAUGCCGGACAGAGCGGCAAGAAAACAAAAAGAAAGCACCGAAUGCAAAAUAUAAAGAAAUUGUAUACGAAAUAAAAAGCAAAAAUAACAAAUAAUA